AUGUCGGAUGCGUCGAACAAGUUAUGGUAUCGUAGGCAGCUACAGCGUCUUCAUGAGGAAGCUCCAGAAGGCGAGAAGACAACUCCAGAGGAAGCAUUACGACACCUUCCCAUUGAAUGCAUAGGAGAGGUGCUGGAUGUAGUCUCUCGCAAGUUCGUCGAGUGUGGAGAAAGAUACUUGAUAGAGGGUAAUAAGGGCAAAUGUGAUGAGUUCAUCCGGGCGCACCUCGAUGUUUGUGAACGUUAUAACAAUUUAAACUCACAAUAUUAUCAAGAUAUCGCAAGGAUAGCUGGUAUGUACUGGGUUCGCAAAGCUAUGGCAAAUGGAGAGCCAAAAUAUACCUGCGUAUAUGUGGACGUGCCGCAGAUUCCAGCUUCUCCGCUUUCAGGCACUCGGACUCUCUGCUCGAUCGAUUCGUGGAUGGACGAUGUCAAGGACGGUACACCUGAACCACCAUCCGAACGAGCCAGAUCCGAACAACCAUCAACCGAAACAUCCAGACUCAGCGCCCUUACAUGUGAAGAUGGCUUACCUGAACAACCAUGUACUUGCAAAGCGAAAGACAACAGUCAAAGAAGCCCACCUAAGAAUUUGUCUUCAAAACAAACAACGGUUGAAAAGGGUAGCAAACGUAAAAAGAUUGUGAAAAAGAAAACCAUACCUGCGAGGGCUAUCAAGGAGGGCACAAAGCACCGGUUGAGAGGAACAAAAGAGCAAAGACCUAGCGACGUUGUAAUCUCCUCCGAUGAUUCUGGAGUCAAAGAGACUAUACCUGCGAAGAUCGAGAAGAAUACAAAUUACUGGUUGAGAGGGACAAAAAGGCAAAGGCCUAGCGACAUUGUACUUUCCUCCGAUGAUUCUGGGGUGAACGAGACUGUACCAGUGUACCUGCGAAGAUCGAAAAGGAUACAAAUUAUUGGUUGA